GUUGAGCAGUACCAUGUGGCCCCUGUCGGCCUUGAGUGCCAGUCUUCUCGGCUGUUGUCGACUGCCGCUCAGUUCACCACACAGUGCUUUUAUACCGCGUGGAGACGGUUGAAUCUCUGUGCGGUUCGAGUCUACACCGUUUCAGCGCGCUCCCAGUGAAAAGACGCGUCAUCCAGUAGAACCGGCUCACCAUCAGACGGCUGCAGCUCCUUUCAGCAGCUCUCAUCGCGGUAGCUUCUAGCAUCUACCAGUGUCCAGCAGCUGUCAGCUGUUGCCACUUCUCCCACACCUUCUACCAGUCUCGGCGGAUCACCAGGACGCUAUGCUGCGCGCCGGGCUUCGUCUGACCUCUGGUCUGAGGAAGGUGCUGCCAGAUCUCUGCCAGACGCACCACCAUGGAGUCCAGUGGCGAUUGCUCAGCUCCGUCACCAAAGAGACGCCGAUCGGGGUCAUCGGCAUUGGAAACGUCGGUGACGCCGUUGUGAGGAAUCUUCUGCGCUCUGGAUACACCGUCUUGGCCAUGUUCGACACAGACGGCGCGCGGAUGUCAGCGCUAGCAGAUCGGGUGGCGGUGGCCGACAGCUCCCGCCAGGUGGCGCAAAAGGCCGAUGUCGUCAUUACAUGUCUGCCGAAGCCGGAGCACGUGGAGCAGUCGUACGUCGGCCCGGACGGUCUUCUGGCAGGGUUCCGGCCGGGAACCGUGUGGAUCGACCACUCGACCACCGAUUACCAGGCCACCAUGCGCUACCACAAGGAGCUGAAGGGCAAGCAGGUGGAGAUGGUGGAAGCGCCCAUCACCGGCGGCCUCUCGGCGCUGAAGACGGGCACCAUGGUCACCUACCUGGGCGGCGACAAGGCCGUCGUCGAGCUCGUCUCACCGAUACUAUCGGCGAGCUACACUAACCUGGUGUACCUGGGACCAGUCGGGUCGGCGCUCAUCACCAAGGUCGUGUCAAACAUGCUGUGCAUGCUGAAUGCCAUCGCGACAGCGGAGGCCAUGAUGAUAGCCAAGAAGUCCGGCCUGGACCUGCACCAGUUCUGGAACGCGAUCCGCGCCGGCUGCGGCAACAGCUUCACGUGGGAGACGUCGGCGCCGUCCCUGUUGCGCGGUGACUACGACCCCACCUUUACCAUCGACCUGCACUGCAAGGACCUCGACCUCGGAUACCAGAUCGCCAAGCAGCACAAGGUUCCCAUCCCGCUACACGGGCUGGUGCAGCAAAUCUCCAACCAGGCCAUGUAUCAGUACGGUGCCGAGGCGGCCUGCUACUCGGGCCAGCGGCUCUACGAAGAGAGCUGCGGGGAGCUGCUGCGCUCUCCCGGCUUCGAGAACUGGAGCUACGAGAAUCGCAUCAUCGACGGCAGCGUGGUCCCGCAGCACCGCGACAUCCAGACAGAUGGGGAGUGAUGAUCCGGAGGGAUGGCACGCGAUUAUCUGGAGGGGGCGCGAUGAUCCAGAGGAUGAUAAGAAGCUGGGUGAUGAUCCGGGCGGAUUGUCGUGAGAUCCACCGAGAUUGUAGAUCCAGCACUAGCAUCCAUUCAAAAACAAUGGCUCUAAAUCUACGAUCAUCCGUUGAAAAGCUAGGCAGAUGGCAGGAUUAGGCAGAUGGAGCUAGGCCCUCUCAUUCGGCUGAAAACCACAGCGAGGCAUGGCUCGGAUUCGGAUAUUCAGGGCAACUUAAUUUCGAUUGUGUUUGGUGUUCAUUAA